AUGGAUCAACAUUCUGAACUGAAGAACUAUCGGCACUAUUUUAGAGAGCACUCCAAUGAAUCAAGUUUUAACUACACAUUAGCCGACGACAUCAUUCAGGAGUUCGAAGCAAAUCUGUUUACUCUCAACAAAUUCUCGACCAUCGUUCUACUGUCCAUGUACACCCCGAUCUUUAUCAUUGGGCUAGUCGGGAAUAUCUUGAUCAUCGCGUCUGUGACGGCCGACAAGGCGAGGAAGUCCAAUUUGUAUUUUCUGGUAAAUCUGGCACUGUCUGACCUGGUAGUCACGGUGUUCUGCAUGCCCACUUGUAUCGGGACAAUUGUCUACAAGCCGUGGGUCUAUGGAAGAGUUCUGUGUAAAUUCACAGCAUUUGUACAAGGUGUUGCAGUAGCUGUGAGCAUCUUCUCGAUGACAGCAAUGUCUGUAGACCGAUAUUUCUCCCUGCAGUAUCCAAUCAGGGCCCACAGAGAGUCAUCAUCCGGUCAGGCCUGCUCCGUCAUCAUCGCCAUGGAAAGAGCAGUGGGCGACCUGUAUUUGAAGCGAAAUCGAAUGGUAGCCACUAGAAAAUUGGAGGCAUAUUAA